UUGUCAGCUAGCAUGAGUGAACAGUAUUCCGGUAGAUUCAGUCCGCUAUGUCCAGCUUUGGGUGAUGGUAACUCCGUUGACACGGACGGACGAAUACUGGCACGACAACCACCCUAAGUUUCAAUAGCGAUUCAUUCAUCUCACAGUUCUGCGCAAAACCAACUUUCUCGAUUAACACGCCGUUACCAUGGUUGCUAUUGACGUUGUCCGCGCUCACAACGCAUCGUUGAAGAGCCUACCGCCAAAUCUAGUGGCAGUUUUUGUCGGAGGUACAAGUGGCAUUGGCUUCUUCACAGCUCGAGAGUUUGUCCGAAACACUACAUCACCACAUGUUUACUUGAUUGGCCGCAAUGCAACAGAGGCUGGAAAGAUCAUGGAAGAGCUCAGCUCCAUCAACAGCUCAUCCCAGAUCAGCUUCAUCCAGAAGGACCUCUCACUAUUGAAGAAUGUGGACGAAGCAUGCAGCGAGAUUAAGAGCAAAGAAAAGCAAGUCAAUGUACUGUUCAUGACGUGUGGAUACCUUACGGUGCAAGGAAGAAACGAGACAUCCGAAGGUCUGGACAGGAAGAUGGCUGUCCAGUACUACUCGCGGAUGCGAUUUAUUUCUCAGCUCACGCCGCUGCUCGACAAUGCCUCUGAAGCUAACAACCUCUCUCGCGUUGUCAAUGUUCUGGAUCCGCAGGCUGGCUUGAGGCUGGGCGGCCUUGACUACUCUGACCUCUCCCUGAGGCAUAACUUUAGUCUCAAAAAGGUGCUGCUGCACGCGAGCGCCAUGACAAACCUCUCCGUCACUCACUUGGCAAGUCAGAACCUUAAGACAAGCUACAUCCACGAAUACCCAUCUGCUGUGGAUACGGGCAUAACGCGAGAACUAUUCGGUCGCUUCAACAACGCUGUCACGUUCGUGCUAGGUGGUCUGUUUGGACGUCUCUUCUAUGUUCCGCAGGUGGAAAGCGGCGAGAGACACCUGUUUGCUGCCACUGCACCGCGUUACGCCCCCAAGGCAGAUGGCGCUCAGACAGAAGUUGUUGGAAGUGACGGAGUGAAGGGAAGUGGAGGCUAUGUCCUGAACUGGAAUGGGGACAUCCUGGCAGAUACUAGGAAAGCGCAGAAGCUGAGGGAAGAACGGGGAAUAGAGAAGGUUUGGGAACACACUCAAGAGGUCAUGAGCAAGAUCGCGGAGAGUGGUAGGUUUACUGGAUAGAGUUUGGAGGCUUGCGCCUGACGUAGGAUCGAGCGGGCCGGGAGAGCAUCAUCAAUCCAUGGGACAACUGAAUCGCACUGUGUGGGGCAUUAUCGAUAGGCGCACGUGUUGCGUGAUGAUGCUAUCUACAGCUGAGACGUGUUGGUUGGACUAUCAUGAGGCGCAGCUUGUUGGCGUUGGCGCAGAAGCCAAAAGCGGAAGAACCAGCACGCACUCCUGUUCGUGUUUGAUGGAAAAACAGAGUAGGAUGACGCCAGAAUUGUUUCUUUACAUCU